CUGUCGUUGAUUCUUUAAGCCAUACUGGGAAUCCCCCUUGGAGGGUUCCCAGCAUAGGUUGUGGUAAGCACACGAGCAAUGGUGGUGGGACAAAACACAGUAAGCGGAAGGUAUUGUGAAUCUGAAUUAACGUCCGGAUUUCACGAAGUCGGCGGUGACAUCGCUGGAUUUCGACCAAGGCUAGAACUGUCACUUUCACUAGAGCAUACGUUUGGCUUCUUGAUCUGUGAUAGGCCGGUAUUGCUGUUGGGAAGAUCCGCUGGUAUGAGCUAACAUGGAAACCAAACCAUUCCUUUCUUUUGGCUUCCUCAAGAGCCAGUGCUCGGUAGCCCCACCUCCUCAGCGAUGGUGCCCGGGGGAGACGGGCGGCUCGCCCACAGCAUGCUUGUGCUUCACAGGCAUUUGCCCACUUCACCAGCACAGGAGACGCACAGACCCCUCCGGUCAGCUGUCCUCACCAUCGCUCCGCUCACACCACGCCCAUAGGGGAAUGGGUGCUCACCGCUUGCACCCAUCUCUGCUCAUCCCAUCGUCUGUGAGCUCCUCAGGACCUCCACACUCACCCAUCUGCACCCUGAGCUCGCCCAUCACCAGCCUGGCUUUGCCCUUUUCUGUCAGCAGCCGUCCAGCGGGACACCACUCUACCUCCUCCAGCAUGGGCUUCAGCCCGCAGCUCAGCUUCCCAGUGAUCCCCAGUAGCAGCAUCAUUAUCAGCACAGAGGACAUCAAACCCCCACUGGGCCAAAACAGAGUGCUAAAGGUUCCUGCUCAGCCCACAUGCACCUGUCUCUCCUUUAACAAACACAUCUGUGCCAUCUGUGGAGACCGCGCCUCAGGUAAACACUAUGGAGUAUAUAGCUGUGAAGGUUGCAAGGGCUUCUUCAAGAGAACAGUGAGGAAAGAGCUGACGUAUACCUGUAGAGACAACAAGGACUGUCUGAUUGACAAGCGCCAACGCAACAGAUGUCAGUCCUGCCGCUACCAGAAGUGUCUGGCCAUGGGCAUGAAGAGAGAAGCUGUGCAGGACGAGCGCCAGAGAGCCAAGGAGAGGCGCGAGAGUGAGGCGGACUCGUUAGGUUGUGCUAACGAAGACAUGCCUGUGGAGAGGAUAGAGGAGGCGGAGCUCGCUGUGGAGCUAAAGACCAAGACAUGCAUCAAGGGGAGCCUGGGCAUGCCCACCAACUCACCCAAUGACCCGGUGACCAAUAUAUGCCAGGCAACAGACAAGCAGCUCUUUAACUUGGUGGAGUGGGCCAAGAUGAUCCCCCACUUCUCAGAGCUGGUCCUGGACGACCAGGUCAUCCUCCUAAGAGCAGGGUGGAAUGAGCUCCUCAUAGCUUCUUUCUCCCAUCGCUCCAUCAUAGUGAACGACAGCAUUCUGCUGGCAAACGGACUCCAACUGCAUCGCAACAGCGCCCACAGUGCAGGGGUGGGGUCCAUCUUUGACAGAGUGCUGACUGAGCUUGUGUCGAAAAUGCGAGACAUGCAGAUGGACAAGUCUGAGUUAGGGUGCCUUCGAGCCAUCGUUCUCUUCAACCCAGACUCAAAAGGCUUGUCAAACCCAGGGGAGGUUGAGGCUCUCAGAGAAGGGGUGUAUGCUUCACUGGAGGCAUACUGUAAACACAAAUACCCCGGCCAACCAGGAAGAUUUGCCAAACUGUUACUUCGAUUACCAGCCCUACGUUCCAUUGGCCUCAGGUUUCUGGAGCACCGGUUCUUCUUCAAACUGAUAGGGGAUACACCCGUUGACACAUUCCUCACGGAAAUGUUGGAAGCUCCACGCCAAAUGACGAAACAGCACUGCAGUUGAAGACUGUCUGUCCAAUACUUGCAUCAAAACGGAGAGAACUGGUAAUUUGCCUGAUUGACAGACUGUAAGUUUGAACACAAGAACUAGUGGACAGCAAACCUAUGGCUUUGUUUAAUGUACAGUAGAUGUAUUUAUCAUAGUUUUGUGUCAAAGUGACAUGUCUUGAAGGGCCAGAGUCUGCAACAACCCAAAGCAUGAGACCUUUUUCACAAUGAAUGAUAAUGUCUUCUCGCUUCAGAUUCAACACUGAACAUUGUCAUAACUGAUCAAGACUCCGUGCCACAAACCAACGACCUCAUCAUCCUCCUGCCUUAGACAGGUCUACCUCUUGUAGUCAUUCUCAUAUUCUGUGAUAAUAACAACAUGGUCCGGCCAAACUCGUUGUCUAGGAUGAUCUCCUGUUAUACAUGUAACCCCCACCUCAGGCUCUCGUAGUUGGUCUUCUCCUCCUUAAUGAGAAUGUUCUCAUGUGACUAUAUACGGCAGACGAGGGUAAUGCAUUUAAACUGGAACCCCUUGACAGGGAUAAUGGUUCAGGUAACUUCAGCUCAAAACCAAGGGUAUUUUUUCUACUCCCAGCACUUCACUUUGUCAAGCAGAGAAUGGCUCCAGUCAGUAGCUCACUGUGAGGACAGAGGAGGCUGAUAGGAGGAGCUAUAGGAGGACGGGCUCUUUGUAAUGGCUGGAAUGGAAUAAAUGGAACGGUAUCAAACAGAUCAACCAUUAUGGAAACCUCAUGUUUGACUCCGUUCCAUUUAUUUAAUUCUAUUACAAUGAGCCCAUCCUCCUAUAGCUCAUCUCACCAGCCUCCACUGUAUGACUAGCAUGCAACUGUAGUGGGGAGGAUCAAUAAGGUCUUCACUGAUGAUAAUUCACAUAUCAACAUGUAGUUCUCAUUUCUGUAUUGCUAUGGGGUUUUUAUGCUGCUGCUGUUUGCUUUGUGUUGGUAUUUCCAAAGAGUAGCAGUGGUAAACAUCUUCCAAUGUAUAGAAUGACGCGUCAGUGUGUAGGUCAGUGUUUCCCAACACCAGUCCACAAGUACCCCCAACAGCAAACAUUUCUGUUGUAGGCCCAGACAAACUCACCUGAUUCAACUCAUUGAUGGCCUGAUAAUUAGUUGACAAGUAGAAUCAGGUGUGCUUGUUUGGGGCAACAAGAAGGUUUACUGGUGGGGGUACUGGAGGAAUGGAGUUGGGAACCCCUGGUGUUGAGGACUGUCUAUAAGUGACUCUCUGUAGUAUCUGAUAGAUAUAAUGCACACAUAAGGUCUCUGACGCCAACUGGUGCAUCACACAAAAGUAAUGCAACUGUCCAAGUACAUUAGGACAUGAUAAGAGUGUUUUUGGUGUUGUAAUUACUCAUUGCUACAAUGUGUUACAUACAAUGUUACUUACAGCAGUAACCCUAUCCAUAACUCCUCAACCUAACCAAUCCUAUCGUACGUUAUUCAAGUGUAAUAUUGGGUAAGUGCAAUACAUGUUACACUGUAAUACCAGGAAUAAUUAGACUGUGAUAAGGGCACUGUAAUUUAAAUUCUAACCCACAUUUCCCAGCCCAUGCAUAACAGAAGACAGACAAGAGAAUAAUGAUUGAGGAGAUCAAAAGAUGGCAGAGAAUUUUAAAGAAUUGUUUCAGUCAGAAGUACAAUAUUCAGGUUGAGCAGCCAGGAAUAUUUUUGGAACCUCAUAUGUAUUUUAAUUGUAUUUAUUUGAUCAGGGAAUCACGCUGAGACCAAGAGCCCUGAAUAACAGAAAUGACAGACAUUCAAGCAGAAAGAAAAUACAGUUAUAACAAACAGUUCAUUUAAAAAUGAAAUAACCACCAAUCAAUGAACAAUAGCAGCAAACAUAGCCUGCAUCUCGUUCAACCACCUUUUUUAAAGCAGAUAUAUUAGUUCAUAUUUUAGCGUCAUCAUUGCUUACUGAGCCACUCAGGACUAGUGUAUUUUAGGAUGAACAAUAAUCUUGUUUUUUGUUUUUCUUAAUUUAAAACAUGGCAACAUGUCGUUUAAAGGGGCAAUCUACAUUCAUUUUUGGUAUUUAAAAAUAAUUAUAUAUAGACAUUGAAUAUUGAAGAAUAUGGGUUAUAAAUGUCUCAUGAGCUACGUUCACCGGUCUUACUCCACCAAACUGUUGUUUACUGGGAAGUAAACCAAGAACAAACGUAGUACACUGUCUUUAUUUCACGUGUUCUGUUUAGAGAGCAUGUUGUCUUACCCUGGCUCCAUUUACACAUGCUGCUCCAGGCCAGACCAUGCUCCAGGCCAGACCAUGCUCCAGGCCAGACCAUGCUCCAGGCCAGACCAUGCUCCAGGCCAGACCAUGCUCCAUUUACACAUGCUGCUCCAGGCCAGACCAUGCACCAGGCCAGACCAUGCACCAGGCCAGACCAUGCUCUAGGCCAGUUAUAGCUGAUGUCACAUUUUGCAAUGCACCCAUGCACCAAUUCAACCCAAUGAACCCAUGAUGUCGAUUCCCCAAUGAUGUAUAGUUUUAAAUCAUGUGUUUGCCAUGUCUUGUACAACUUGUUCGUUUUUAUAAUGUAAUACAAAUAUUAAUAGUGUUAGCUAUAAAGGUGGCAAGGUGUGUAUACACGAUUCUGAUGGCCUUCUCUGCCUGUGCAAAUAGGAAGUUUAUCAUCAGCUUGUACUUCACUGUUACUUAUUAAAGGCCUGGAAGCUUUUCAACAGUAAAACAUUUCUUAUGAUACUUAUUUAAACAGAGGACCAAAUCAUGUGUAGGGUACAGCCUCUGUCAGCACAGUGUCUAGGGUACACUGUUUAAAUAAGUAUGAUAAGAAAUGUUUUACUAUUGAAAAGCUAUAUGCCAACUAUCUGUAAUAUGCUAUGCGUAUGUGUGAUGCUGUGAUGCUGAGGGCAAUAUGUAGACUGUUAUGUUACAUGCAUACCUCUAGAGGGAGACAUUGCUGUUUUGCAAAGUGGCAUUGACAAAACUCCGUACAGGAGGAGCAUAGUGAAUUGGGGGAUAUCACAGCCAAGACAGCCAAAGACGUGGCACAUUUCUAAUAAGGCAUAUCCUGCUUUUCCGAAAGCUCAAAGCGCUAAUAACUCUACCCCUAAUUAUUACUGAUUGAAUGUGACAUUAAUAUUUCUGCAAAACUCCUUAAAAAUGUUUUUGCUGAUCAUAAGUUACUGGUGUUGGCAGUCCAAUAAGCAGUUCUGCCAGUUCUGGUAGUCUGGGUUGAAUUUAGAGGUAAUGUUAAACAUGGCUCAGUCUCACUCAGGUUGAAGUGAUGUGUGUUGACAUGACUAAUCAUAUCCAUGGGAGUAUUUGACUCCGUUGCCCAAAGAAAAAGGUAAUUAGUGUUAUUUUUAAGUUGAUAAGGCUGUUAUGAAAUGGUGAUUGGGGAAGAGGCAAAGCAUCUUUGCAGAACAAUGUUGUCAAAGAAACCUAACUGUGACUUUGGUCAGCUCACUUAAUAUGACUGAGAAUGUUUAGCCGGAGUACAUCUCAAAGUCAAGAAUUUUGUUUUAGAGGACAACUAAAGACAUUUGUUCACAUUUCUAGUACACUAGGUUGUGUAGUUCUUCUGUUUUAACCCUAACCACAACCAUACAGAGGAAAUACCGAAAUGUAACCCCUGAGGAUGUUGUGUCCUAGAAGUUAAGAGUUAGAGUUCAUUUCAUAAUUUUGGUCAGUGAAUGACAGCACUGACGUUGCCGCAAUUUCGGACAAUUCGAAUGACGUUUGCAGCAGCUUCCUGAAACGAUGCAUAAGAAAGAUUGACAGGUUGUGUUGACAGGACGUUUUUCAAAAUGUCAACCUGGCCGGUCCUAAUUCUGGAGUUUAUGCUGGGCAUAUAGUCUCAUGCCUCAUCGGCCGCCAUCUCUCUGGUAUCGUUGAUGUCCUCAUAGAGAGUUGGGCUGCGAUGUCUCUUUGAAUUAAGAGGAGCUAUAGGGAGCCCCUAACUAAUGUGCCAGUCUUUGUCAAGUUUCCUCAGUCCUCAUGGCUGUUUUCCCCCUCAGAGCUUCUUCACUAACAAAACAUCAUAGCCCAGGGUAAAGAGACGAAUGUCUGAUGUGUCUCUGCCGGGAUCCCCGGCUCUCUGACAUCCAAUCCCUCCUACCAUUAUCUGCUAAUUGACAGGCCCUAUCAGCCUGCUGGUGGCCACAGCUGACAAGUGUGAGAAGGCUGAGGUGAGGUGGUGGGGAAAUGCCAGUCAUUGCAGGAUUAUCAGCGCAAAGGCCAACGACAUAGCAGUAAUCUUACCUGGCUGUAGCUAGCUGGUGGGACUCACUCUCUUUCUGGUGCAGAAGAUCUCACACACACACACACACACCCUUGUUGCUUCUUCUUCACAAUUACAUUUUGUGAUUAAGAUAGGUGUGAGAUUGGCUGAAGACCGAUACCCCCUCCCCUUAUUGCCCCCAUAACAUGUCUGGGAAAGACAGGGUCACCCAAUGCCCCACAUUACCCACUGUACACACACACACACUUCAGGUCCCAUGGCUGUUGACUGUCCAACCAGUGUGCCUGAGGCCUGCCUGCCUGCCUGUCCUGUCUGAAUCCUUCUCAGCAUUGUUAAGUUCAGCCUCAGUGUUCACGCGCUCUAUGAAAUAAAAAGAGACGUCUGGCUAAGCCCAGACUGACCAUGCUGCUCUCGCCUUCCUUUUCCCUGCCUCUGUACGGUAAGGAGAGUGUUGAGUAAACGGACGUCAUAUCAAGUUACAUUAGGUUAUGAUAACAUUAUUAUAUUGACCAACAGGUUCUAUUUGACUGUACAAUUCAAAACAAGUAGUUUCUUGUAGCACUUGAACUCUUGUUGAAAUGGACACUGAGAAUAGGCCUUGAUACUGAGAUGAUUACAGCUUACAGAUGAUUCCAAACCAUUUUUGUCUGCCAUUAUAAAUCAGCUUUAGAUGAUCAUCUUGUGUAAGUCUUGAUUAAACUUUUUCCUUUUAACAAUCUCACUAGCUCUUGAUAUUGUGCUUUCUCCUUUUUCCUUUAAGACAUAAUCUUUAAAACCACUGAAAUAGAUAACCCUUAUAGUCAGCAGCCUGGUGUUCCAGCUAAGAUUUUACUGUCAACAUAGUAGAAACCGGCCCGUUAACUUCUGAAACCUUCUCUGGCAAAGCUCACUGUCCCCACCACCACCAUCAAAAAGUCAUUUCCCCAUACAAGUCCCACACAUGGCCUAACAAUGGGAGCAGAGGAUUAGAACAGCGCUCUGUCUCAGAGCAAAGGGGGGAAAAAAAUCUGUUCCAAUCACUGGAGAAGAGUCUGACUGGUUGGCCACACUUCUUCCUCUGGAUUUUUCCCAUGAAGCGGUUUUGUUUUUAUGCUAUUAUCUCUCUUUGCCAUCAGACAGUGUGUGGCAUUGUGAUCAGAUCAUUGGAUUGUUCAUCUGCUGAAUGGUUAAAUCUGCUGUCUGAUGUGGAGGAAUCUUCAAAGUGGAGAAACCCACAGGGGGACGUUGCUAGUUGAUAAUUAAUGUAGUCAACUGCAUUGCCAAUUUUAGAUUUGCAAGAUGAGAAACUGAAACAUUUCUGCUUUGAAUCUAGCAACAAGCACUACCAAAUGUCUUACCUCAUCUUCAAAAUGCUUCCUUGGAAAACUGUUCCCACAAAAUAUGAAUUCUAGAUCUUUUUUUUGAAAACCAAAAGAGAUUUAGCUCUUUAUUAACUCUUAUGUGGUUCCAGUAGAAAUUAUUCUCUAUGGUUUAGUUUUAUUGGAUUUUUAUUUGUACCCCAAUCCUUUACAUUUCCACUCAGUAAGGGACUGUACGUUAUUUAUAAUGAGGCACACCUGGAGUGAAAUAUAUUUUUAUUCGACUUUCCUUGAACACUUGAAAAAAACAAGUGAUCCUCCCCUAUACCCAAAACAAUCAUUAAAACAUAAAGUGGAUAGCAAUGAACAUGCCUACAUUUACCCUCACUCCUAGGACAGACCAGAUAUGGCGUUUUAGAAACAGAUCUUUGUUUUGUAAGCAUUUAGUGACAAAGUAGCCAGAAGGUGUUGGAUUUGCAGAACACUGCAGACAAGAGAAGGGGUGAAAAUAUUUCCAAUUUAAUAAAAGCACUGCAGGAAUAUAUAUUUUUUUGCGGUUGUACACAAAAAUGGUCUUUUUAUAAACACAUUUCAUGCAAUUCUACGUCAUUUCACAUGACUGGAGACAAGCAGCAUCUUUUUUAAUCCCACAGCAUGACAACGAAUGAGCGCAUGCUGCAGCACCAGAGACGUUUUGAUUUCUGUACAGGCUUUUGUUAAAAAAGAAGAUAAUCUAAGUCUGGAACAGUGAUAAAGUUGUCUAUCAACUGUAAAAAAAUGAGCUCAACAGAACCAGUUACAACUGGAGUAUCUGAUCAUCAAUGAAUUAGAGAAAAAGCCAUUUGUUGUUUAACACAACAGUCACAUAUCAUCGGGUAGGCCUACUGUUUAUGCACUUGUAACCUUUUUUUCCUUAGAAUAAAUUUGAAAAUGAUAUGUUCCCUAUUUUAU